AUGAAGUUUGGUGAACAUUUGAGAAAAGCAUUGAUUAAAAACUACUCCUUCUACUACAUUUCCUAUGAUGAUUUGAAGCACCAGUUGAAAAAAGGUUUGAAGGAUAAUGACUACCAUUGGAAUAAUGAAUUAGAAGAAGAUUUCCUCAACCAAUUGGAAACAGAGUUGGAUAAGGUGUAUUCGUUCACCAAGGUUAAAAACACCGAAGUAAACAGAAGAAUUAAAGAAUCGGAAAAAUACGUUCAUGAAGUAGUUUCUACCUUGCAUCGUUAUCAAAACAAUGACCCAUUGGUUACUUCACCGCCGCAAGAACAAGAUUUUGAAGAUUUGGAAGAAGAAUUGUCAGAUAUCAUUGCGGAUGUGCAUGAUUUAGCCAAAUUUUCUCGUUUGAACUAUACUGGGUUUCAAAAGAUUAUCAAAAAACAUGACAAAACAACCGGAUUUCAUUUGAAACCAGUUUUCCAAGCCAGAUUAAACUCAAAACCGUUUUAUAAAGACAAUUAUGAUAAUUUGAUUGUCAAAUUGUCAAAGUUGUACGAUUUGGUUAGAACUAGAGGCAAUCCUAUAAAAGGUGAUUCAGCAGCUGGUGGUUCACAACAAAAUUUUGUUCGUCAAACUACAAAGUAUUGGGUCCAUCCUGAUAAUAUUACUGAAUUGAAAUUAAUCAUUUUAAAACAUUUACCAGUAUUGGUUUUUAAUGCUGAUAAAGAGUUUGAACCAGAAGAUUCAGCGAUUACGUCCAUUUAUUUUGAUAAUGAAGAUAUGGACUUGUAUUAUGGAAGAUUAAGAAAAGAUGAAGGUGCUGAAGCCAUUAGAUUAAGGUGGUAUGGUGGUAUGAAAUCAGAUCAAAUUUUCGUUGAAAGAAAGACUCACAGAGAAGAUUGGACUGGUGAGAAAUCGGUCAAAGCUAGAUUUGCAUUGAAGGAAAAGAAGGUUAAUGCUUAUUUAUCAGGUGAAUUAAAAGCAAGUGAAAUUUUUGACAAGAUGAGAAAAGAAGGUAAAAAGAGUCCCCAAGAAAUUGACAAUUUAGAAAGGUUGGCCAAGGAAGUUCAAUAUCGUGUUUUAAAAGACAAGAUGCGUCCAGUGAUGAGAUCUUUCUAUAAUAGAACUGCAUUCCAAUUACCUGGAGAUGCUAGAGUCAGAAUUUCUUUGGAUACUGAAUUAACAAUGGUUAGAGAAGACGAUUUUGAUGGAUAUGAUCGUACGCAUGGAAAUUGGAGAAGAAUGGAUAUUGGUGUUGAUUAUCCAUUCCCGCAAUUACCAGAAAAGGAUGUUUGUAGAUUCCAAUAUGCCGUUUUGGAAGUCAAAUUGCAAACACAAAUGGGACAAGAACCACCUGCAUGGGUUAGAGAUUUAGUCAAUUCUCAUUUAGUUGAAGCUGUUCCUAAAUUUUCCAAAUUUAUUCAUGGUGGGGCAACUUUGUUGACCGAAAUGGUUGAUCUUUUACCCUUUUGGUAUACUCAAAUGGAUGUUGAUAUUAGAAAACCAAAAAUUGUCCAAGAAUAUGGUAUUCAACGUCACCAAACGCAACCACAUCAACAAAGAUUGGGGUCCAGUACCAGUGGUAAUGACUUGGAUGAGGAGGAGUUGACUGGAUCUUCAUACACUGGAGUACACUUUUCAAAUGAUAUUAACCCAUUGGAAGAAGAUUUGGAUGAGCAAACGCCGCUUUUAUUGCCAAAUAACUACAGCUCACGUCAUACCAACUCGCCAGUCAAGAACUUCCUUUAUCAUAUUUAUGGAAAAUUCUUGCACUAUUUCAAUGAUGAUCGUACAUUUACUGUUAAACCAGGUACAAAUUACGAUUUGAAUGCCACCUUCAAAGACAAAUUACCUGCCGGAAAGACAAUUUGUGUUCCAGUAAGAAUUGAACCCAAGGUGUACUUUGCCAACGAACGUACAUUUCUUAGUUGGAUUAGUAUUGGUAUGUUGAUGGGAUUCACCGCCACUGCAUUGUUAAAUUAUGGAACCAAUAGUGCAUUAACUGCCAGUAUUGGAUUCUUCAUCACUGCUUUGUUCACUUUGGGAUACGCCACAUAUAGAUAUAUUUGGCGUGUUUUAAUGAUUAGGGAAAAGAAACCGGUGCAAUACGGUGACAAGUUUGGUCCUAAUAUGAUUUGUUUGUUUUUGUUUUUGGCAACCUUUGUCUCAUUUGUGUUUAAAUUCACCGAGUAA